AUGGCGGAUGAAGAAAUCAAUGGCGAUACAGAUGAUAUUCAGCAUGACAAAGAUAAAACUCAAAAGAAAACUGCUAAACACGAUAGUGGUGUAGCAGAUUUAGAGAAGGUCACCGAUUAUGCUGAAGAGAAGGAGAUAUCUUCACAAGACAUAUCUGGGGCAUUAUCGUUAAUUGGCGAUAGAAGAAAUAAGGAGACCGCUGAGCGUCUUGAAAAAGAACAGGAGCUUCAAAAAGUUUUAGUCAAAAAGGAUGAUAUAGAGUUAAUUGUGAAAGAAAUGGAGAUAUCAAGAAUAUUAGCCGAAAGAACAUUACGGGAACACAGAGGUGAUGUGGUAGCAGCACUUACUACUUUAACAAACUAA